GUCCCCUAGCGGGCUUGGCCGCCAGCUCCCGCCCUCUGCCAGCGUCCACGGCUCCUCCCUCCUCCCGACCUUCUCCCCGGCCAGACGCGCGGGAGGGAGGCCGAGAUGGCAGAUGAGAUCGCUAAGGCUCAGGCCGCUCGGCCUGGUGGCGACACGAUCUUCGGGAAGAUCAUUCGCAAGGAAAUCCCAGCCAAAAUCAUUUAUGAGGAUGACCAGUGUCUUGCUUUCCAUGAUGUUUCCCCUCAAGCACCAACACAUUUUCUGGUGAUACCCAAGAAACAUAUAUCCCAGAUUUCUGCAGCAGAAGAUGACGAUGAAAGUCUUCUUGGACAUUUAAUGAUUGUUGGCAAGAAAUGUGCUGCUGAUCUGGGCCUGAAGAAGGGUUAUCGAAUGGUGGUGAAUGAAGGUUCAGAUGGGGGACAGUCUGUCUAUCAUGUUCAUCUCCAUGUUCUUGGAGGUCGGCAGAUGAAUUGGCCUCCUGGUUAAGUGUAUUGUAGGGAUCAUUUUCCCUUCUCUAUGCAGUGAUCAGGUCUGCAAGUUCCAGUAUGCAAAACAAUACUUUUUUUUGCCUGUGUAUGGAGAGAUUGCAGAAAUAAUUUUAAAAAACCCAUACGUAAUAAAAGACAUUGUUGCAUGGUCUGAAUUCUGUAUUUGACUUAUUUUAAAAACAUAUUUGUUGGAAUGUUUGAAGGUGGAGUUCAUAAUUUGGGAGGUUUUUGUUUUUUCUCCCCACGGAGGACUCAGCAUGUGUACAUGGCUAUAAUGGUGUGACUGAUCUUUGAAGACAAAUGUAAAAAUUUCAUAAAAUUAGCUUUAGCUUUGAAAUAUCCUUUUAGGGUAAAAUAUUAGUCCAGGAGAAGAUUUUCUAAUCCAAUUCUCUUAUUUUCUAAGAACAAAGGAGUAUGUGAUGUGAUUGAUCCAGAAAAUGACAGUUGUGGGUCUAGCAAAAAUGCUUUUUGUCCAGCUCACGUGUUUCUCCUGGACUACUGGGGUAGUGUGGAAGGGAUGAAAGUAGAUUUGUCACAGAAUCUUUGAUGACCAUGUGAAGCCAUACUAUGAUGUUUCCUUGUUACCUAAUGCUAUUUAUUAUAAAGGCUUGAAAAUAUAUUAUUUAGAAUUAACUCUCCAAAUUGAAAACUCAUUGUUGUGAAUGUGUAUGUGCACACUAGCAAAAAUUUUUAAGUUAUGCAUGACUCUGGCUGUGUAGAGUUGGGGGGAAAUCUCAGGGUUUGAGUUCUUAUGUUGGCUGACAACAAAACUUUUUUUUUUUUUUGGUCUUGCCAUGCACCCUAGCCUUUCUAAGUUUGUGCAGAGCAAACAGGUUUGCUUCUUUGCUUUCCUUCAUGUAGGCACUUUCCAGCUUCUAAAAUUUAUUUAAUACUUCUUGCCUGCUUUGUCUCUUCUCUCAUUCUCUUUGUGUUUAUGGGUUCCUUCCAUUUUUAAUCCCUAAGGCCAUUUUAGUAGAUUUUGACACAUUUUAUUGCAAAUUGUUUUUCUUCUAAAUUUUUAAUUUUAUUAGUGACUUAAAAAAUUUAGGGGGGGUGGAUUAGGGAAAUUGGCUGUAUUUGUCUUACAAGUGAGUUUUUUCCAACUGUCAUUUUUUUACUUUGUUUAUGGUGUUUAAAAUAUUUAUAUAGUUAAUGUAUCCAUUUUUAAUUUAGUUCAUAUUUUUAUAUAGUUAAUGUACCAAUUUUUAAUUUAGUUCAUAUUUUUAAGAACCUUUCCCACCCUAGGAGGAUUUAUAAAAGAAAUUAUUCCCCUAAUACAUUAUGGCUUUACGUAUUUUUAUGACUUUUUUAUGAGGGAAGUUCUGGGGCAGGGGAUGAGUUUUGGAGGGAUUUGUGCCACUGUAAAAAAUGUAAUAAUGAGAGAAGCAUUUGUACUAUGUAUAAGAGGGUUGAGUCUAGUUUCCUUAGGCAUAUUAACGUUCCCAUUGAUUUCGUCAAACUAGUGCUAAUAAAUCAGGUAGAUAACCGCUAA